AUGGCAGAACAGUCGGGUGUUAGCGCAGAUCCAUCAAGAGAUGGUUUAACGGAACCACUCCGAGGAUCAAAGGAGCACUCGAAGGAAUCGAAUGAGCCGCAAAAGUUAUCAAAAGAGUUGUUGGCUGGAUCUCGCAGAGCACAAGGAUCAAAAUGGCCCACAUGGAACUUAGCGAAAACGGCAUUGAUGGUUUCCAUAGGUGGAGGAUUCAACUUCGGCUACCAGUUACUUAUCACUAAUCCAGCACAGGAAGCCCUUAUCCAGUUUCUGAACGAUUCGUACGCUGAAUAUCAUGGGACACGACAAGAUCGUGCUGGACUAGAGUUCAUAUGGGGUGUUAUCGUCUCAUCACUUUUUUGGGGUGCUACAGUUGGCUCAUUAGUGAUACAAACGGUUGCGGAUCGACUGGGAAGAAAAUAUGGAAUCAUUUCAAACUUUGUGCUUCAAGUGUUCAGCAUUGUACUCACAAUACUAAGCUUUUUUACGAACAGCUACAUUCUCUACACAGCGUCUAGAGUUUUACUUGGUAUUGCUAUCAGUAUUUCAAUUGGAAUAGGCCCAAUGUUCAUAAUCGAAUGCAGUCCUGUAGCUUGUCGUGGACUGAUCUCAAUGUCGACGGGGGUUAUGCUCCAGGUAGGACUCGUCGCUGGCUCUAUAACUGCCAUGCCAGAGAUCUUUGGUACUACAGACCUGUGGUGGGUCGUAUAUGCUGUGGAGGGCGUACUCACUUUUGUGGUCAGCGUGUUUCUGUUCUGCAUUCCAGAAAGUCCAAGUUUUCUGAUGUCAAAGGGUAAAAAGGAGGAAGCAGAGAAGGCGCUGAUGUUUUAUCACGGUAUCACGGAGGAGGAAACUCAACCAUUACUAGCAGCGAUGAAGAAUGCUGGUAGCGGUGAACGACCACUCGGCUUAUUUGAGAUUUUCACGGACAAAACAUGGCUUUGCGGAUUCCUUGUCGGUGUUGGAAUCAUGUCCGGUACGAUUCUAUGUGGAGUUGCAGCUGUGAACGCGUUCGCGUUCGAGAUUCUUACAAAUGUUGGCCUGGAUCCACUUCAAGCGUCGCUUGGCAAUAUGGUUAUCUGUAUAAUGGCAGUUAUAGGUGUGCUCGCAUCCGGAAGACUAGUGGAAAGUUGGGGGCGAAGGCCACUCUUGAUCUAUACAUUCGGCGGUCUUGCCAUCAUAAACUCCCUUAUUUCUGGAUUUAUGCUAUGGUUUGAAAGCAGUCCGAUAGCUCUCAUCGGUUGGUGCGUUGUGCUGAGCAUCUGUUGUUUCAAUUUGCUCUUUGCUGCUGGCCCUGGACCAAUAUGUUUCUUCGUGGCUGGUGAACUUGUAGGUCAAAACGCACGAGCAGCCACAUUCACCUGGGUUAACAUUGCAAUGAACGGAUUCCGUACCAUAUUACUUGUAAUUUACUUCCCGGUAAAGAAUUUACUAGGGGGUCCAAUAUCCUACUUCGUGCUGUUCUUCCCACCGUGCGCCUUUGCAGUGACUCUCUGUUAUUUCUACCUACCAGAAACUACCGGUAAAACACCAGAGGAGGCAAGAGCCGCUAUGAAAAAUCUCCCUCGUCUUCGUGGAGGCAUGGAGGCGGAUCCGGAAAAAUCUCAGGACGAGAGCUAUUGA